ACACAACUUCCUGAGGACCUUUCGCCGAGAAGUGACGCUCCUCUUCUUUUAUUUAUUUAUUUGUUUAUGUAUUUAUUUGGUUGGUUGGUGGCGCCUCCCUCGCCAGCCGAGUGACGUCUCGUAAGGAAAAAAAAAGAAAGGGGGCUGAAAACUCCGGUGAAUCCCUCGCUGUGACUCAUUCAUUUUGUAUAAAAAUGCGAGCGGUCGCGGACACCCGACAGAGAGAGAGAGAGAGGUAGAGACAGAGAGAGAGAGAGAGAGAGGUAGAGAGAGGUAGAGAGAGAGAGAGAGAGAGAGAGAGAGAGAGAGAGAGAGAGAGAGAGAGACGAGGCUUCUAAUUAGCGCCGUUUGGACUCGUUUCUCUCAUUCCGGCGCUAUUUGAGCACGCGUGCGCGUGCUUUUUUUUCCCCCUCUCCUCUCUUUUCUUUUUCUUUUUUCUUCUCCUUCUUUCGGCGUGGAGAUGAUGAUAUGCACCCCAGGGAGACAGACGCCACCGCGGACCGAGCCGCCCCCCCACCCACCGCACGCCCCCACCCUUUGCGCUCCCGCGGAGUUCGUCCGAGACGAGGGAAGAAUGUCACCCACUUCUGCCGGCCCUGACGUCUGAGUGUCUCCGCGAGAGAGAGAGAGAGAGGGAGAGGGAGAGAGAGAGAGAGAGGGAGAGAGAGAGAGAGAGAGGGAGAGGGAGAGAGAGAGAGAGAGGGAGAGAGAGAGAGAGAGAAGCGUGCCCCCCCUUUUCACUGCGCGCCGUUCGGUUUGCCUGCGCGCGCGGUGGAGAUCCACGGUGCUCCAUCUGGAUCCAGUACAAAUGAACUAAAUCAGGGUCCAGCUGCCGUCUCCCGUCGUCGUUCCGUUUCGCGAUGUGUGUUUUUUUUGCGUUUUUAGUUUCGUGCCCGAGCCUGGUGGAUGUAUAGCCUCUCAUCUACUCCGAGAGGGGGAGGGUGGAGGGUGUGUGGGGGGAGGGGGGGGUCGAACCGGAUUACCCGCGAGGAGCCGUCGCUAUUCAACAAGCUGCGCCGCUGUGUGCCGGCAGCCCGGCGAUGGGCGCAGCUCGCCUGAGCCCUGAUCCACCGCGCCUCGGUCCUCCAGUCCGGCUGGUUGAAUCUGCUCCGCGCUGACGACAAAGGGCUCGUUUUAAAGAAGAAGAACAAACUAAACUACAACACAAACUUCCUCUCGCCCUCUCUGGUUUCUCUAUUUAUCCUCCUGCGGAUUCUCAGACUCCUGAUUAUUUUCCAACCCCCCCCCCCCCCCCCCCCAACCUCACCCCACCCCCUCCCCACUAAAUAAAAAAAAUAAAAAAAGUUGAUCAUGGCUCGUCCUGGUUCGCUUGUGCAGCUCGGCGCCGUCUGGAGAGCGCUUUGGCUCGCGAGGACCGUGGUGGACUUCGCGCUGCCUCAGGAGAUUUACGCGCCGCACUCCAUACGGACCGAGGGCCUCCUGACCCUCGGGGGGCUCUUCCCGGUGCACUCCAGAGGGGCCGACGGCGCGCCGUGCGGGGACCUCAAGAAGGAGAACGGCAUCCAGCGGCUCGAGGCCAUGAUGUACGCUCUGGACCAGAUCAACCUGGACGAGCAGCUGUUGCCCAACAUCACGUUGGGCGCGCGGGUGCUGGACACUUGCUCGAGGGAUACCUACGCGCUGGAGCAGUCGCUCACUUUCGUCCAGGCUCUGAUCACGAAGGACACGUCCGACGUGCGGUGCACGAACGGGGAGGCGCCGGUGUUCGUCAAGCCGGAGAAAGUGGUGGGAGUCGUCGGAGCGUCGGCGAGCUCCGUGUCGAUCAUGGUCGCCAACAUCCUCCGCCUCUUCCAGAUCCCACAGAUCAGCUACGCGUCGACGGCCCCGGAGUUGAGCGACGACCGGCGCUACGACUUCUUCUCGCGGGUGGUUCCCCCGGACUCGUUCCAGGCCCAGGCCAUGGUGGACAUCAUCCGGGCCCUGGGCUGGACCUACGUCUCCACCAUCGCCUCGGAGGGCAGCUACGGAGAGAAGGGGGUGGAGGCCUUCACACAGCUCUCCAAAGAAGCAGGUGGAAUCUGCAUCGCCCAGUCGUUGAAGGUCCCCCACAACCCCAAACUGGAGGAUUACGACAAAGCCAUCCAACAACUGCUGGAAACGCAGCACUCGCGGGCGGUCGUCAUCUUCGCCAGCGAAGAAGACAUACGGGGAGUUCUCAAUGCCACCAAGAGGGCCAAUCAAGUGGGCCAUUUCCUGUGGAUCGGAUCGGACAGCUGGGGGGCCAAGAGCAGCCCGAUCCACCAGCUGGAGGAUGUGGCGGUGGGAGCGAUCACGAUCCUGCCCAAGCGCUCCUCCAUCGAAGGGUUCGAUGAGUACUUCACCGGGCUCACCCUGGAGAACAACCGCAGGAACGUGUGGUUCGCCGAGUUCUGGGAGGAGAACUUUGACUGCAGGCUCCUCAGCGCCUCGAAGAGGGAGGACACGAGCCGCAAAUGCACAGGCACGGAGCGCAUCGGGAGCGAAUCCAAGUACGAGCAGGAAGGGAAGGUGCAGUUUGUGAUUGACGCCGUGUACACCAUGGCCCACGCGCUCCACAACAUGCAGAAGGACUUGUGUCCCGACCACCCGGGCGUUUGUCCACAGAUGGAGGCCGCCGAGGGGAAGUCUCUGCUGAAGUACAUACGGAACGCCAGCUUCAACGGUAGCGCCGGCACCUUGGUCGUGUUCAACAAGAACGGCGACGCUCCGGGACGCUACGACCUGUUCCAGUUCCAGAUGACCAACUCCUCCACCCCCGAGUACAAGGCGGUGGGCCAGUGGGUGGAGAACCUGCAGCUCAGGCUGGAGGAGCUCCAGUGGCCAGAUGGGGAGCAGGAGGUGCCCAUCUCGGUGUGCAGCCUGCCCUGCAAGACCGGAGAGAGGAAGAAGAGGGUAAAGGGCAUGCCGUGCUGCUGGCACUGCGAGCUGUGCGACGGCUACCAGUACCAGUACGACGAGACCUCCUGCCGACUGUGCGCCUACAACAUGAGGCCCAACCCCAACAGGACCGCCUGCCAGCCCAUCCCCAUCGUCAAGCUGGAGUGGCACUCCGCCUGGGCCAUCAUCCCCGUCUUCCUGGCCAUGCUCGGCAUCAUCGCCACCAUCUUCGUCAUGGCGACGUUCGUGCGCCACAACGACACCCCCAUCGUGCGGGCGUCGGGCCGGGAGCUGAGCUACGUGCUGCUGACCGGCAUCUUCCUGUGUUACAUCAUCACCUUCCUGAUGAUCGCCAAGCCCGACGUGGCCGUGUGCGCCUUCAGGAGGAUCUUCCUGGGCCUGGGCAUGUGCAUCAGCUACGCCGCGCUGCUCACCAAGACCAACCGCAUCUACCGCAUCUUCGAGCAGGGCAAGCAGACGGUCACGGCGCCGCGCUUCAUCAGCCCCACCUCGCAGAUCGCCAUCACCUCCAGCCUGAUCUGCGUGCAGCUGCUGGGCGUGCUGAUGUGGUUCGCCGUGGACCCCCCGAACACCAUCGUCGACUACGACGAGCAGAAGACCAUCGACCCCGUGCUGGCCCGCGGCGUGCUGAAGUGCGACAUCACGGACCUGCAGAUAAUCUGCUCGCUGGGCUACAGCAUCCUGCUGAUGGUGACCUGCACCAUCUACGCCAUCAAGACCAGGGACGUGCCGGAGGACUUCAACGAAGCCAAGCCCAUCGGCUUCACCAUGUACACCACUUGCAUCGUCUGGCUGGCCUUCAUCCCGAUUUUCUUUGGCACGGCCCAGUCGGCAGAGAAGCUGUACAUUCAGACAACCACGCUGACCAUCUCCAUGAACCUCAGUGCCUCGGUAGCACUGGGCAUGCUCUACAUGCCCAAGGUGUACAUCAUCAUCUUCCACCCCGAGAUGAACGUGCAGAAGAGGAAGCGCAGCUUCAAGGCCGUGGUCACGGCCGCCACCAUGUCGUCGCGCCUGUCGCAGAAGCCCAGCGAGAGGCCCAACGGAGAGGCCAAGACGGAGCUGUGCGAGACCCCCGCCGCCGACCCCAUGAGUCAAGCGACCAAGAAAACGUACGUGAGUUACAACAACCUCAGGAUCUGAUCUGCUUGAAAACAACAACAACAACAACAACAACAACAAAGAAGAAGAAUAGCCGUUUGGUCCUUUCAUCUGUGAUUUUGGGGAAGAAAAGAAAGAAGAAAAAAUAAAAGGAGGAGGAGGAAGGUGUGUGUGUGUGUGGGGGGGGGGGGCUCUGGAGGAUCAGACGGAGGCAGGAGAGCGAGCACCACCUGCACCACCUGUGUGCCCUCCAGGACUGUGGAGCGCCUCCACCUUCACCCAGACACGACACAGGAAGUCCUGGAGGAGACUGGAGGUUUUAAACUUGUGCUGUCCCCCCCCCCCCCAACCCCUCCACCCUCCCCCCUCCACCCGUCUCUCUGGGGUCACUGAACGAGGACGAACCGAGCGGGACAGCGGAUCUGCUUUCAAGAUGUUUUCCUUUUGAAAUGUCCAUGAAGCCACAUCCUCUUGGGGCUCCCAUCAUUUCUGUUCUGUAUUGUUUAAGUGAUUCUUCUUCUUCUUCUUCUUCUUCUUCUUCUUCUUCUUCUUCUUCUUCUUCUUCUUCUUCUUCUUCUUCUUCUUCUUCUUCUGUGCCUCUUUUUGUUUUCCUCCUUGCAGUUGAUUUAAUAACCUUGAACAGCGAGCUCUGCCACAUCCAGUACUUUUGUGUGUCGCUGAAAUCGAACUCCAAAUCGGUCCCAGGUGAUUAUUAUGUUUAGAGUGAUGGGCAUUGUAAGUGUAUAUAUAUAUUUAUUUUAUUAUUUUUUUGGGGGGGUGUAAAUAUAUCGGAGAGUAUUUUUCAUGUCUGCAGAACGAGGAUCUGCUUUGGGGGGUUAAUGAGAAGCACCGCAAAGUGUUCACUUUGCAUGUGCCGACGUGUCCGUUUCUAUUUGAUGUCAACCAGAAGAUUAAAAAAGAAAGUAUUAAAAAAAAAAAGAGAUCAAAUAAAUUGAUGAUAAGCUUCUGCAUCCUUCUGCCGUUUGUUUUUUUCUUUACCAGAAACUGAACUUCAUUAAAUGACCCCCCCCCCCCUCCACC